AUGGCGAGUCGACAGGAUCCACUUACGAGGCUUCUUCAGGCCGAGAGUUUGAAUGCAGCCACACAGACUGAGGUACUCUGCUCGUAUUUUGGCACGACACACCAAAGACCUGCCCGAUACUUCAACGAUUUCAUCGCCUAUUACGCGGAAGAGCCCAAAAAGCUACAGACCGGCCUUACUCGGUCAGACUGGCCGAUCCCGAAGCUUGAUGAGAAGACACAUCGCGACAUCCUGGGUAUCACAACGAUACUUAGGGACAACAGCGACCAGAAACGCUCAAUCGUCCGGGAUAUGAUCAAAGAUCGUCAAACGCACCCAAAUGAGCGCUCACUGGAUCAUUUGUGUGAUCUAGCCGUCCGGAUGUGGCUCAUGAUCAAUGUCCUCGAUGCUGAAGUUGACCUGGUUGAUGAUGAAGCGCCUCGAAAGCCAUGGCGAGAAGACCAGAGCCUUGACAAUCUAAUCAAGUCAUUGUUUCCUCAAUCCAAAAUCGAUCUCGAUUUGAAGGAGUCUCGGCUGGACCCUCAUUUUACAGCGACCAAUCUCGAGAAGAUCUGUGGAUUGAGGUUGGAAUGGACACGAUGUCUAGCGAAUCACCUCAGGCUAGAUCGCCGGAAGAAGGUCCUUUGGGUUUUCCCGUACAAAGCAUUCUUGCAAGGUCAUCUUGACUACGAGUCAGAGGAGCUGUCAAACCCCGGAACCCUCGAAUCCAAGCGCAGAAUCUUUCCGGAAGGUCUGCUUCGCGAGACAAUACUCACUCUCAACCUCCUAUUUCCACCCUGGGACCCAAGCACUAACGAUUUGUUGAGACGGCACAACCAGCACUUUCACGAGCAGGAGCCUCUUGACGAGCCCGUACGACUGAGCUUCCAGGAAUUCUUGUACUGGCGUGAUCGUCUGUUGGACCUAUAUGAGAUGGUCUUCUUAGCCCCGCCCGAUGACUGGCGACAGUUGUGGGCUGACAGGAGGAAUCCUUUGCAGUGGUAUACUUUCUGGAUUGCGUUGACAGUGUUGGUUCUGUCAAUUAUCUCGUGCGUGGCUUCGAUUGUGCAGACUUGGGCAACGUUGAAGUCCCUAUACGCUGGGGGCUGA